CAAGGGGCUUCGCUGUGGGACCGGCGCGGGCCGGGGUCUCUCCAGCCGCUGGGGGAGCCGGCCAGGGGCGGGCGCCGCGGCCGGACGCGGGACCGGCUUAUGGGGAUGCCCGGCGCGCUGCUGCGGGCGGCCGGGGCGCUGUUGCGGGCGGCCCGGGGCCUGCAGACCCCGCGCCUCGGACGCGCGCUCUGCUCGACCCUCAUGGCCGGCAACUUGGGGGCGCCCUCGGCCGCCGGCGUCGCGCCCCGGCCGGAGGAAGGGAAGGCCCGGGCCGGCCGGCCGGGCGCGCGGCUCUGGGAGGACGCGGAGCCCCAGGCGAAGAAGCUGAGGAGCGGCGAGGACGGCGCGCCGCCCCGGAAGCUGCCCAAGAGGAAGAUCGUGCUGCUGCUGGCCUAUUCGGGGAAGGGCUACCAUGGCAUGCAGAGAAACGUGGGGUCCUCUCAGUUCAGGACCAUCGAAGAUGACCUGGUGUCCGCCCUCGUCCGCUCGGGCUGCAUCCCCGAGAACCACGGUGAAGACAUGAGGAAGAUGUCCUUCCAGCGCUGCGCCCGCACGGACAAGGGUGUGUCUGCUGCUGGCCAGGUCGUGUCACUGAAGGUGUGGCUGAUUGAUGACAUCCUGGAGAAGAUCAACAGCCACCUGCCGUCCCACAUUCGGAUUUUGGGGCUGAAGAGGGUCACGGGCGGCUUCAACUCCAAGAACAAGUGUGACGCCAGGACGUACUUCUACAUGCUGCCCACCUUCGCCUUUGCCCACAAGGACCGGGACCCC